GCGCCGGCAGCUGGCCGGGUCUUGUUGCAGCGCAAGAAAGAGGAGAAGGAGGUGGUGAUCCAAGAGGCGCAGAAGCAUCGCGCGCGCCGCGUGCGGCGCCGGGUGCGUCGCGUGGACCUAGGGCACACGGCGGCGGCGGCCGCGUGGGUGGCGACGCCCUUCUCGGAUUGCGUGCAGUGCCCCGGUGGUUCCCUGCAGAUCCGCAGCGUGCAGUGCCUCCGCAUCUUCGACGGCGCUGCGGUGGCGGAGACGCUCUGCGCGGCCUAUCCCAAGCCAGCCGCGACGAAGAGCUGCGACUGCGCGGAGCUGCCGUGCAACGGGAACCUGACGCACAUGUGCCACUCGUCGCCAGGCUGUGCGGCGGACGAGGACUUGGACGUGGACUUCCUGGACCUCGGGUGCUAUGAGCGCGUGGCGGGCCACGGCCCGCCGGCCGCAGCGGCGACUUCGGCCUAUGACUUCACCUGCAUGAGCUACAGCGGUGCUGUCCCCUGCAAGAGCGGCGUGCCUUUCUACUCUAUGAGGAGCAACUCCAUGACGCCGCCGAUGUGCUACGAGUUUUGCACCGGUAAGGGUCUGGACAUCUUCGCGCUGGUGGACGACGUGGAGUGCCGCUGUGGCGCCAGCGCGGUGAACCAGAACGCCCGGGCGCACCAGGUGGACAGUCAGCACUUGGACUUCAAUCUCGCAGCCCUCACUUUGAAGCAGAGCGACAUGGGCAUGUGCCCCCUGCGGGUCUACCGCUACGCAGGCCACUACGAGGAGGGCGGGGUGCCCUACGGGCAGACGCAGCUGCUGGAGGAGGACGAGACCUAUUUGAAGAGCAUCUUCUCAGGGCAUUUGGUGACCCACCUGGAGGAUGCCGCCGAGGGCACGAAGACGGUGCCGCCCACCCCGGAGCCUUCCCUGGCGCAGGGCGAGCAGACCCCCGAGGGCUACGCCCGCAACUGCUGGCCCGACAACUGCGGCCCGGGCCGCGGGCCGUGGGAGGACCGGGUCUCCGCGACGCCGGCCGGGGUCUGGGAGCGGUACCACGAGUAUGUGGUGAUCCCCUACAUGUUCGAGUCCGGCCUGGACGACGCGAGGAAGCAGGCCUUCCGGGUGGCAGUGAAGCGGUGGCACCGCCAGACCUGCAUCGUGCUGCAGGAGAAGGCGGAGGGCACCACGAUGGACCGGCCCUACAUCACAGUGGGCGCCUACGACACGGGCUCCUGCUGGCUCUCGGGCAUGGGCUGGCCGGGGUUCUGGAAUGGCCAGCCGCAGCGCAGCCGCAUCAACCUCGGCUGGAGCGCGGUGGGCAGCAUGGUCCACGAGAUCGGGCACGCCAUCGGCAUGAACCACGAGCAGAAGCGCGCCGAUGCCGCGCAGGCGGAAAAAAAGACGCAGACGUGGGCAAAACAUGGCUGUGGUGGUCAAAAUGUUGGAUCCAUUUUGGCAAAACACAAAUCGGGCCUAACAAGUUUUGGGACGGUGUGCUUUUGA